AUCACUCGGAAGGGCGUUUGGUUUCAACCUUUUAGUUUAUCUUGACUCAGCUGAGCUUUGCGAGGGCAUAGCAAAUACUCAACUCCCUAAAACUUCUCCUAACGUAAUAUAAAACCAGUUUUUUUUUUUUUAUCUUUAAAAAAAAAAAAAAAAAAAAGGAAUAUUUUGGAAGACUUUGGAACGUUUCAGAGUGGAUAUGUUGACCUUCGUCUUUGUGUGCCUCUCUAUCUCAGUCACAGGCCUGCAUGCCGCUUUUACAGUUACUGUUGAUAAUCCCUCAGUAAAAGUGAAAGAGAAUGAGGGAGUUGACUUGAAAUGUUCCUACACUGCUGACUUUGGGCCAACACCCAGAAUAGAAUGGAAGUUCAAGGAUCUCAAGGGCUCUCAAACAUUGGUCUACUUUGAUAGCCAGCCAACUGGUAAGUAUGCAGGCCGUAUCACUGUGUAUAAUGGAGGACAAAAUUUAAGAUUUAACAAGGUGACACGAGCAGAUACCGGAGACUAUGACUGUGAGGUGUCUGGCAAUGGUGGAUACAACGAGAACACCAUCAAACUCACAGUCCUUGUGCCUCCUUCCAAGCCUGUAUCCAGAAUUCCUUCAUCGGUCACAACAGGCAGUAACGUCCGCUUGACCUGCUUCGACGCAGAUGGCUCCCCUCCAUCCACCUAUAAGUGGUACAAAGACAACACUCCCCUCCCUGAGGAUCCAACCAAGUUCCCCAAUUUUAAGAACCUCACCUACAAGAUGAACGUUUUCAAUGGUAACCUGGAGUUCGCGAGUGUGUCUAAGAUGGAUAUCGGUUCAUAUUUCUGUGAGGCCAGUAAUGGAGAAGGAGUCCCUCAGCGUGGAGAUGAAGUGCGCUUGGAAGUCCAUGAUCUAAAUGUUGGUGGCAUUGUUGCGGGGGUUAUUGUGGCUUUGCUGGCAGUUGGAUUGCUCCUCUUUGGUCUCUGGUUUGCCAGUAAAAAGGGAUAUCUGCCAAAAAAAGCAGAAAGCAAGUCAAAACAACAAGCUGUUUAUACACAGCCCAGAACAGAUGAUAUGGAUGAUGGGGAUGGGGAAUUCAGACAGAAAUCAUCUUUUGUUGUGUAGUCUGUGCUACUCUGCAUGAAACGUGGAGAUUCAGUGCCUAGAUCAAUUUUUCUUUUCUGUUUAAGAAGUUCAUACAAAUCAGGAUCAGUGUGUAUGUGAUGAGAAAUGCCUUCCUACUUAGCUUACCAUGCUGGUUGUCCAUCGAAAUAUCCAAAAGCUUUGAAGCAGCCAUCGUAAAUGUGCAGAUUGCAGAUUUAGAUUUAGUAAUUUCUAAACCGGUCUCUGUUUUGUAGAAAUGAACAGAAACAUAAUUUAUUGAACUAUAAUUAAUCUGUGAGUGGAACACAUACCUAAAGGGUUUAAGAUCAGUUCUCUAUUAAUAGAAUUGCUCUGAUUAUAAGUAGUUGUUUAGUUAUGUGUGCAUUAAGAUGUCCAAUGCUAUUUUUACACGACUCUGCACUAUGAGAUGGAAACUUCUUGGGGGAAAAGAAGGUACUAUGAAUGUUCCCCAUUCAGGAAAUAAUGUCCCCUCUCUUUUAUAUAAACAUUUGCUGUACAUUAUUGUCAUUGAUAUGUUGUUUGUUUACUUCACUGGCAUUUUUAUGAUAGCGUACCUUGUGUGUUGUUAUGCGUUUAUAGUUUUUGAAAUGUAAAUAGAUCUUUCUGUCUUUUUAUUGGAUUUUUUAAAGAUUUGAAAUCAUGCUUCAUUGACCUCUCUGAAUUAUUCAUCUGGGAACAAAUUACUAACCCCUUUUUUCCCUUUUGUUUGAUUGAAAUUUUAAUGUGUCUUGAUCCCAUUCUUCUAAUAAAUGAAAUUUACUGAAUAUGA